AUGUGGGAUAAUAAGGAGGUCAAAAAGGUGAAUAAUCCCUGUUACUCCAAACCGGUCGUGAAAGUUCUAUACAGGUGGUUCGCUUAUGUUCCAAUGUGGAGCUCUAUUCUAUAUCAAUUUGUGGAACGUUAUGCUAGUGAUGGUUUGGUUUAUACAAGUGACACAAAAAAUAUAGGCGCUGGACGUCUGUCGAAUGCCACAGUCGAAUCCUAUUUUUCUAUUAUAAAAGUGUCUCGUCUUCAACGAAAAACACGCCUGCGGCUGGCACAACUCGUUUCUGAAAUCUUUCAAAGCACUCAGGCAAGAUUAAAAGCUGGCAAAUAUGGAGUUACUCAAACAAAUAAAGGUCGACGAAAGCGUGCGAAAAAUAAUACUGAUAUUAACAUAAUCGAAGUAUGGAAUCGUCGUAAAAGAAACACAAAUAGAUCGGUCUAUUUGGGAAGAAUCACAAAAAGACCAUCGUCAGCGAAGCAAACCACAUGUGCGUUAUUUCCGUUGAAGCCGAAAAGAAGCAUCUCGACGGAAGAGUAUAAGGAUCUUAGAGAUGCACAAUUAAGAAUUAUCGAGUGCUGCGCAGCAAAGCGCAUAUAUUCGCCUCAGCAGUUUCUCAUUAAUCCGCCAUUUUGUAUUCUCGACAUUUCGUCGGAAAGUCGAACAAGUACACGAGAUUUACCAGAUACACUAAUGAUUGGCGAACACUUGUAAGUAACUCUCAACUAUUCACUUAUUACGCAAAAAUAGUAGCGACUUUUAAUCGGACAAACAGGCAAAUCUGUUGAAUUGUUUUAAGCAUCUAAACUCAAGAACGGUAGCCAAUACCUUGGAUGCUCAGUCCGAGGUAUAUCAGCUACUUUCACGACCCACGAUCCUUCUAAUCGCAUAAACAGUUUAGGUACUUUCUUGUCGGCACUGUGGUUCAUCACCAACAACACUUUACUGUCACGUUCGAAAUAAACCACAAAUAUUACAAAUUCAACGAUAUGCACCCAUCCGGACUAUAUGAUUACGAUGGGCUCCACAUAAUUGAAACAGCACUCUAUUCGCUAUAGAAAAACAUGUGAAGAACUUCAUCCUUAACUGAUUUCCUUUGAUGUUCAUUUCUAAAAAACACAAGGUUUCAUUUUUCUGAAAAUGUAGUCACUUUUGUUGUAAAGUCCAUUAUACAAUAAAACUGUUGACACAAGUCUUACGUGUGACACCAUAUUUGGAUUCAGCUCGCCGAAAUGUACAUGAACCAUUCGUUUUUGCCUAUGACACACGCUUCAGAGAGAAUAUUUCUAGAAUACAGUAUGUAUUACACUAGUUUGGACGGUAUUUCUCUAUUUCACAUGUUUUACGCGGAAUCUUAUUUGCCAUCAGCCAUACCGUUGGAUAGAAGGCAUCGAGUUGUAUAUGAUACACUCACUUUUCAAGAUGACACACGUUCACCAAAAAAUGUUUUUGAGGAGUAUUGUUUGUGCGACUCUCUCUCCGUGUGAAAGUGUAGAUUUUUGGCACGUAUUUCGGCUAGGAAAUAGUUUUGAACAGCAGCGGUAAUACUGUCGGAGAGGUCUGGUGGAGUUCUCUGUGACACACGCGUUUAGGUGAGUGACACACGUCUGUGAGAGAAUGUUUGUCAGAGAUAUUGGUAUAUCAAACCAAGUUAUCCUACGUUUAAUUCUAAGAACUUCGAUAAUUCUUGUGUAAAAGACAUUAGUUUAUGUAUUUGACGUAAUUUACUCGGCAAAUUAUUCUACAUUGAUGAUAAAAUGGAAAAAGGGACAGAGUUGAAAUUUUUACUUCUUCCGUAAAUUAACUUAACUUGAUUUUAUUGUGAUUAUUAGAACGGGUGUUAUGGGAUAAGCUAUACAUCGAUUGUAUGUACUUACAAAGAAAUAAUGGAGCUUUUUUAUAAAUAAUUUUAUGAAAAUGCCUCAGUUUUGUUAGCUUAAAUGUUACUUCGAUGUUACUCCAUCCUAAAAGUUUUCUUAUUUUCAUUCGAUUCGUACGAUGUAAUGCACCGUUUACUAAUAAAGAAGCAUUAUAUUGCACAUGUUCGAAAGCAGAAAUAUUAGAUUGAUUGAUAUAGAUACACGAUUCAUAAAUGAUCACUGGGAGAACAAAUGAUUUAUAUAACUGAUUUAAUGUGGAUGUACUAGAAAUUAUUUUACAUGUGUUUAUCAUAUUUAAUAACUUUUCACAUUUAUUUAAAACAUAUUGUUGAUGUACUAUCUCAAUAUAAUUUACUUGUCAAAAGAAUUCCAAGGUGUAUGCGCUAUUUAAAUGCGCUGUUAAAUUAUGUAUAUCACUAUCAGAAUGAUGGAUGACCGUAUCGU